ACUUUCGUUCUUCUCGUUUUGGAGAAAUUACCUUCCUUAACAUUUAACAUACUCUAAAAUUCAACUUUUAGAGUCUUUUAAUGUAUUUAAGAGACAGUUUUUCCAAUAGGGAAUAUAAAAAAUUAUAGAUUAAAAUAUGCCAAACAAAAUAGUGAAAGCAACCGAAAUAGAAGACGAUUUAGAAGAAAUGCAACAGAAUCAGGUCCAAGACUCUAAUGAAACUUUUAUUAAAAAUUUUGAAGAUCUCAAGAACAUGUUUCCACACAUUGAUGAGUUUGUGCCAAUUAUGAAUGAUGACUAUGAUGACCGACAACGACAGUAUUUUUAUAAGCUGAGAUGGGUACUAUUUCGUAAUAGUCCUAAAGAAAUGUAUUUAGCGAUACAAGGAGAUUUAUCUAAUUGUUGGUUCAUUGCCUCACUAUCAUCAAUUGCGGCAAAGGGAACUUGGCUGUUACUCAAAAAUACUAUUAUGACCCAGACCCUACAAAGGACGGGACUGUAUAAAUUUAAACUCUUUAUUCAAGGUCUAUGGAAAAUAGUUUCAGUCGACAAUAAACUUUAUGUGAAUAAGCGUGGAAUGAUCGUAUUUAGUAAAUGUCAACACUGUCAACUAUACGUAUCUUUUUUGGAGAAAGCUUUAGCGAAAUGUUUUGAUUCAUAUGCUCAUUUGGCUACAGGAAGAGCUGAGGAAGCCUUUUUCAUAUUAUUGGGACGUCCAAGCAAGAGCUACACAGGCCUUCCCAUCCAAGAACUCUGGCAAUUACUUAAGGAUAACAUUGAAAUAUCUGCUAUAGUAGGAUCAACGAAAAAUGAGGUUACAUCCUCCCAUUAUGAAGGUGGUCAUGUCUACUCUGUGACAUCUAUAGUGCCUGAAGAAUUAUCAGGUGAAAAAAAAAUUAGACUUAGAAAUCCACAUGGAAAAAAAACUGUUGAUGAUAUUUUCGACGAACACGGCGAGAUAGAAGUCACGUUAGAUGAAUUUCAUAUAAACAUGGAGUCGGUAACUAUCUGUAAUCUAAAUUAUCAGUUUAAGGAUGAACGAUAUGAUUAUAACGUUGGCAAAGAUGUUCAUGAGUUCAAUUUGCAAGAAAAACUUGAUUUAACUAUUACCCUAUUUCAUCAACAUCAUAGGGGUAAAGAAUUAUCUGACAUGUGGAUCAUAGUGAAAAAAAAUUUAGGUGAAAAUAACUGCUCAAAUAAAAUAUAUUCAUCUGAUCUGGUAAAAGAUACUUUUGUCUCGUUAAAUCUCCAAUUAACAAGUGGGAGAUAUCACGUGUUCUGUUUGGGGGUAAAUAAGGAAUUUAAGGGUGUGCUACAAUAUUCGUAUUUGUCAGGAGAUGGAACUAAGAAAAUUUCACCAUCCAUUGGCACAGCAGAUUUAAUUAGUCAUAAGGAUGUUUAUACUGCAAUAGAAAAGAAAAACUGGCCAAAUCAGUCUAGCCAUGUGCUUCGGCUUGAAAGUCACUUUUCACAGACCGUAAUUCUCACAAACAAAAAUAUAAUCGAUGCAAUAGUUGACGAAAGACGGUAUAGAUUAGAAAAUAAUUUUGAAUGGAAACCUGUAAAAAAUACUACUGAUGCAAUAGGUAAUGAUACACCCGGCAGUUCUGUAAAUUACAAUUCCGUGACAUAA